CUUUCGGGAGCGCGCAUGCGGGGAAAGGGGGCUCCAGCCAGCCUGCCUGCCUCCCUCCUUGCCAGGAGCAGCCAGCCAGCCACAAAUGGCUGUGGGAGGGCCGAGGAGGCGGGCUCGGCUGAAGUGAAGCCGCGAGGGGAGUUUGUGGCUGGCGGAGAGCCGCUUUGCCGUCGCCACAGAGCCAGCGAGCGAGCGAGCGAGCAAGCGAGCAGCUGAGCCCCGGACGAGAGAGGCCAGUCUCAGCGGCUCCUGUCGAAGCCGGGCAGCGCCGGGCGGUUCUCCUCGCCGCUGCGUCCCCGGAGUUGCCGUCGGGGCUCGAAGGCGCGCUGGCCGCCAGCCGGCUGCUGAUGCAACUGAAUGCGCAUAUGCACAUUGAAUAAAACAAUAGUGCAAAAAAAGGCAUCUUGAUGUGAUUGCUGAAAACAACACAGGCACAGCAGACUGAAGAAAGCCCAGGACUCGAAAACGGAAGAAUGGCAGAUAGCUAACAAGUUGGUGCCACUCUGGAAGCAAGAUCAGAGAAACCAGCAGCCAGCUGAGAAUUCAUCUUCGACCAGCUCUUCCAUCACUCUAAAUGGGCAGCUUUACCCUACGUUGGACAAGCUCUGGAAAACCACCUUAAGGGGGUUGCAAGCACCUGAGUUGGGACCAGCCUGCAUGGGGACAUCGAUGCCAACCAUUUAAGAAUCAGUGCCCAGGUGAGCCUCUAACUGCAUCCCCUGUUUGGAGUCAGAUGUUAAUGACAGAAAUCUCUGAAGCAAGGAAAUGUGCAUUUUCAUUGCUUGGGAGCUGAAGGAAAGCAGUUAUCUGACAAAGGUAAAUAGUAUUAUCCAGAAGUGGCUCAUCCCCCUCACCCACCCUCCAUAUACACCAGUCAUGAGGCUCUUACUGCUUUCUGCGUAUGUGGUGCUAUUGACCACCUCUCGGUGCUGCGCUGUCAGUUUUCCUGAAGACGAUGACCCUAUUAAUGUUGUCGACUACCACUAUUCAAGGCAAUAUCCAGUAUUUAGAGGACGCCCUUCAGGCAAUGAAUCCCAACAUAGGCUGGACUUUCAGCUGAUGUUGAAAAUUCGAGACACACUUUAUAUUGCUGGCAGGGAUCAAGUUUACACUGUAAACUUGAAUGAAGUUCCAAAGGGAGAAGUUGCUCCAAGCAAGAAAUUAACAUGGCGGUCAAAGCAACAGGAUAGAGAGAACUGUGCCAUGAAGGGAAAACACAAAGAUGAAUGCCAUAAUUUCAUUAAAGUCUUUGUACCCAGGAAUGAUGAGAUGGUGUUUGUCUGUGGAACUAAUGCUUUUAACCCCAUGUGCCGCUACUAUAGGCUGAAUACUUUGGAGUACGAUGGCGAAGAAAUCAGUGGCUUGGCCAGGUGCCCGUUCGAUGCAAGGCAAACCAACGUUGCCCUCUUUGCUGAUGGCAAACUGUAUUCUGCAACGGUUGCAGAUUUUCUGGCAAGCGAUGCGGUAAUUUACCGAAGCAUGGGGGACGGGUCGGCAUUAAGAACAAUAAAAUACGAUUCCAAAUGGAUAAAAGAGCCUCACUUCCUUCAUGCCAUUGAAUACGGGAACUUUGUGUAUUUCUUCUUUCGAGAGAUUGCCGUGGAGCAUAAUAAUUUAGGCAAGGCUGUGUACUCCCGCGUGGCUCGCAUCUGCAAGAACGACAUGGGCGGCUCCCAGAGAGUGCUGGAGAAGCACUGGACCUCCUUCCUGAAAGCACGUCUCAACUGUUCUGUCCCCGGGGAUUCCUUUUUCUACUUCGAUGUGCUGCAGUCGAUCACAGACAUAAUUGACAUCAGCGGAGUCCCGACUGUUGUUGGCGUGUUCACUACUCAGCUUAACAGCAUCCCCGGCUCAGCGGUGUGUGCCUUUAGCAUGGAUGACAUUGAGAAGGUCUUCAAAGGACGAUUUAAAGAACAAAAAACCCCCGACUCUGUUUGGACAGCUGUGCCUGAAGACAAAGUACCAAGGCCAAGACCUGGCUGCUGUGCAAAACACGGCCUAGCAGAGGCUUACAAAACCUCCAUUGAUUUCCCAGAUGAAACCCUCUCUUUCAUCAAAUCCCACCCUUUGAUGGAUUCCGCUGUUCCAUCCGUCAUUGAGGAGCCUUGGUUUACAAAGACAAGGGUCAGGUAUCGGUUGACCGCGGUCGCUGUGGACCACUCUGCUGGCCCAUAUCAAAACUACACAGUCAUCUUUGUUGGCUCCGAAGCUGGAAUGGUGCUUAAAAUCUUGACAAAGACCAAACCUUUUUCUUUGAAUGACAGCGUGUUACUGGAAGAGAUUGAUGCGUACAAUCAUGCAAAGUGUAACGGGGAAGGUGAAGAGGACAAGAAGGUCAUCUCUCUGCAGCUGGACAAAGAGCAUCAUGGUUUAUUUGUUGCGUUCUCCAGCUGUGUCAUUAGAAUUCCACUCAGCCGUUGUGAGCGCCAUGGGUCGUGCAAAAAGUCUUGUGUUGCCUCUCGAGAUCCUUACUGCGGAUGGCUGAACCACGGGACCUGCGGAAGAGUGAAAUCGAGCAUGUUGUUAUCUUUGUUUGUUUCAUACAACCAUAGCGUUGGAGGAUAUGAGCAAGAUGUGGAAUACGGCAACACCGCACAACUCGGGGAUUGCCAUGAAAUUUUGCCUACUACAACUACACCAGAUUACAAAAUAUUUGGCGAACCAACAUCUGACACGGAGUUACCCUCAGCUUCUGUUGCCACAGCAGAAAGUAUCCCAGGUAUCUCACCCCAAGUGAUUGGUUCCCGGAAACCUAAAGUGACCGGCUCUCGGAAAUUUGUAGCACAAGAUGACCCAAACACUUCUGAUUACUCUGAUCCGUUAUCAGGGGUCCCAAAGGGUGUCAGGUGGGAAGUCCAGUCGGGAGAUUCCAACCAAAUGGUACACAUGAAUGUCCUGAUAACAUGUGUCUUUGCUGCUUUUCUGCUGGGAGCUUUUAUUGCAGGAGUGGCCGUUUACUGUUACCGGGAUAUAUUUGUGAGAAAGUCUAGGAAGAUACACAAAGAUGCAGAGUCAGCUCAGUCCUGUACAGAUUCUAGUGGGAGUUUUGCCAAACUGAAUGGCCUCUUUGAUAGCCCUGUCAAGGAGUAUCAACAGAAUAUCGAUUCGCCCAAGCUGUAUUCAAAUUUACUAACAAGCAGGAAAGAGCUGCCACCUACGGCCGACACAAAGUCCAUGAUGAUGGUGGACCACAGAGGCCAGCCGCCAGAAUUGGCAGCUCUUCCGACGCCGGAAUCCACGCCGGUGCUGCAGCAAAAGACUUUGCAGUCUAUGAAAAGUCAGAUGGACAAAGCACAGAACAACCUCAGCGCUUCUAGAAAAGAAACGCCUCUUAAGAGUCCUCAGUUUUUUCCAUCCAGCCCCCCACCCCAUUCACCUUUAAGUCAUGGACACAUCCCCAGUGCUAUCGUUCUUCCAAAUGCAACCCACGACUACAAUAUGUCCUUCUCAAAUUCCAAUGCACACAAAGCCGACAGAAAGAUGCAGAAUAUGGACCACCCGCUUACCAAGCCGUCAGGCAAAAGAGACCACAGAAGGUCUGUGGAUUCCAGGAACACCUUGAACGAUUUCCUGAAACAUUUAAACGAAACCCCCAACAACCCCAAAGCCAUUAUGGGAGACAUCCAAGUGGCACACCAGACUUUAAUGCUGGAUCCCAUGGGAAAUAUGACGGAGAUCCCGCCUAAAGUUCCUAACAGGGAAGCCUCUUUGUAUUCUCCUCCGUCCACCCUUCCCCGAAACAGCCCGACAAAACGGGUGGAUGUCCCGAGCACGCCGGCGGUACCCAUGACCUCUCUAGAAAGACAAAGGGGCUAUCACAAAAAUUCAUCACAGCGGCAUUCUAUAUCGGCCCUUCCUAAAAACUUAAACUCACCCAAUGGUGUGCUGCUGUCACGGCAGCCUAGUAUUAACCGUGGGGGAUACAUGCCUCCUGCAGGAGGCUCAAAGAUGGACUACAUGCAAGGGACACCAGUGAGCGUCCACCUGCAGCCUUCCUUGUCUAGGCAAAGCAGUUACACGAGCAACGGAACACUUCCUCGGACAGGGGUAAAGAGGGCGCCCUCCCUCAAACCAGACGUGCCACCAAAACCCUCAUUUGUUCCUCAGACGCCUUCAGUCAGACCACUGAACAAGUACAGCUACUAAGACUUGCAUACUCUGUCAAGAGGUGUGGGAUGAUGGUGCAGGACAAACGUAAGACAGAGACUCGCUUGUCAUGAGAGAAAAAAAGAGCGACUGAACAAGCGGCCAAAGAAGCUGUUUUUACUCCAGCAACAUCUUGGUUUUCACUAUACGCCUGGCCUACAGCAAGGCUCAACUUGCUAAAUAGAUUGUAACCAAGGAAGGUGCUGGCCGUCAAUGUUUCUUUUGUUUGGAGCGGAGGAGACAUGUAGCACAAUGAGAAGGGACUACUUGACUGUUCUUAAAAGACUUGGGGAAGAAAAGAGGGAGGAAAAAGAUCCGGGAGCAAAAACAAAUAAUACUUGAAGAUAAUAAUAACAAUAACAAUAAAAUGGGGUUCAUUUUUAGACUGCCAUAAUGCGUAGUCUUCCCAUGAAAUGUGAACAUUUUAAUAUGUAUGCAUUUGCCUUGCCUCUUGCACAAAUGUCAGCAAAUGAUAAUGUCUCAACAAGUAUGUUGGUUAAUAAGCAACUUGCUGAACUUUGGUCUCUUAAGUCCAACUGUAGCAUUUUUUUUUCCUCCAAAGGAUGAUAUUUUUGUUUAUGACGCAGAUAAAGGUGUGUAUGUGUGUGUGACAGAGGGUGUCUGUGUGUGUGCAAGACAGAGAGAGAGAGAGAGAGAGAGAGAGAGAGAGAGAGAGAGGUUGUGCUUACGCAUGCGUGCGUGCACAAAACUAGGAGGUACUCAAUCCCAUCGCAUCUUUUAAGUUACAGAAGCAUUUACAUUUGAGCAUUGAUUGAACAAAUAGAUGACUGUGGUUUGGAUUGUUUUGGAUUGCACGAGGUGUAUAGUAGAUUUCAUGCAGGAAGCUUUGCCCUGUCAGAUUUCUGCACUGGGCAGAGCGAGGUACUAUGCGAAACAGUGCAGAUGUACUCAUUCUAAAUUAUGCUGCUAUAGAGUCAAGAUUAUUCUCAAUUCCAAAUGUAGCAUUAAUAGAUUUCCAUGGUACUCAAUAGGGUCGAUUAAAAUUGGUCAAUUUCGGUUUCCUGUUUUUCCCAAUCUUCAGGGCACUUCUGCACCAGUUUGCCAAUUUCUAAUUUAGAAAAAUGCAAAUUUCAAAAUGUAGCCAAAUUUUGUUUCACAUAGUGGUCUGGGAAGUGCAAACUAGUUCGGUUCACAUUAAAAUGCAAACCAAGCUAAAUUCUCAUCCGUUCCCAGUACUCAGCCGGUCCUCAGUCUUCUUUACUGCCCAGCCUGAAUGUGAACUUUAGAAGGUUCUUAAUUCCCAUCGUGGUGAGGCUCCCCCAAUUCAAACAGCAUUUUUUUAAAAAAAAACUCUCUCAAAAUAAGACAAAAUAAAGGCAGAGGGGACGAGAAGAGCAACAUAAAAGCAGGAGAAACAAAAAAUACUUUCCAGAUACAAAGGAUUGCUUCAUAGUUCCCCCUCCAAGCCAGCACUGUUCAUGUACCCAUUUUUAUUUAGCAAAUGGGGGAUAAACAUGCAAAUACAUAGUUCGUAUCUCAGCAUCAAGUAAUUAAGCUCAAGAGGGAUAAGAAGAACGCCUGCCUCUCUGCAUGCAUGGCAAGUGCUUAUUCCAGCCUUCCCCAACCUGGAGGGAGUUUUGGAAGACAACCCAGCCAUGCUGGCUGAGGCUGAUGAGAAUUGUAGACAAGAACAUCUCCGGGGCACCAGUCUGAAGGUGGCUCACACCAUCAUAGGGAGGUCCCCUCCUUGCUGUUUGAGACGUUUAGAGGUGGGACAUAUCUGUAUUUUAAAAAGCUAUGUAAGCUAUGGCUGUAUUUUUAAAAAGAGAGAAGAGGAAUAUGGAAUGAUAUGUCCCAUUAUUAAUAUUAUUAUUAUUUUAGAACCCUUUCUAACAGAAAUGAAGUUCCAUUUGUUUGUCAGGAUCUCUCCAAGAAAAAAAUUGACAGUAGCGCAAUCAAUUUGUUUAGCUUGUGGUUUCUCCAUAGUCAUGCCGGUAAUGACAAUAUUCUGUAAAUAUACUGUGUGUUUGUUUACCUGGAUCUGUGCAUUUUGUGCCUUAUUCAUGAAAAUGAUUUUUUAAAAACGACUAAAACCCUGUCAAGUGUUCUCAGAUCACAAUUCUCUGCGUGCCAGCUGUAAGUUCUCUCAACAGUAUCUGAAAAGAUGAAAGAAACGGGGGGGUAUCCCCACAAGAACAAUUAAUUAACUCCGAAAAGGCAGUCUCUAAGCCAAGGAGACAGCAGCAUUAAAUCAACCUUUUCCAAGCUAAACAUUCCACCCCUAACUCGCUUAAGGAUCAAACAGUUAUAAUGUGAAAUCAUAUGAGGUUUCUGAGGUAAUGGAACACCUGCUGAAGUUGCGCGUGCAACUUAGUGGGUUGCCACGGCAUGCGCUUACAGCUGAUCAUCACAGAUGGUGAUCUUAGCUUGCAAAUAAUGCCCUACCACUUGUUUGCUGAACAUUACCUUAGCCAACACGAGGGAAUAUCUGUGAGCUGAUAGGAAAAGUACCUUCAGUUCAAAACACUGGUUUCUAUUUUAUGUCAAGAAAAAAAAAAUGUAAGUCUCUCUCCGUCUCUCAAAAAUAGGGAUCCUUGUUCCUUAAUUUUCCAUUUUAAAUGUUGAUCAUGAAGGAUCUUUACUUCCUCCAAAAAUACUAAGGAUCUUUUUUUCCCCUUAAAAUAUUUUCAACCUUGCAACUAAUAAUUUUACAAUUAAAAAAGAAUCAAAUGACAAAACUGAAUUGACUUCACUUUACAAAUAUUAAUGAAUAAUACAUACUUGUGUGAAACCGAAACAUAAAUGUUUUGUGAACCCAAAUAACUUUCUGUAACAUUGUGCUGCCUUGUUAGAUGGUAAUGUGUGUUCUCUCAGUAUUUAUGUUGAAAUCUUUUAACAUUCAACAUAGUCUUUAUUCUGUUAAUUUAUAACUUUUUGUUGGGUUUUGGGCUGUUGUUUUUUUUUAUAUAAAAAACAUGCUUUAUCCAUUUGUGCAAAGGUAAAUGCAGAUUGUAUCUUUUUUAAUGGUACAGCUUAUAAAAGUAACCCUAAAAAGAAAAGCCGCUCUAUAUGGUCUAUAGAGUACUUUAACAUGUAUAGAUAUCUUGUAAAGUUGUAUUGUGGAUGUGUAAAUAAUACGUCCUUUUGGGUUUUUAACACCGCAUGUAAAGUCAAAAUAAACUAUUCAAAAGUAGCAAGCAUCUCACA